CAGGAGUAGCGUCUCGCAGACAGGUUUUGGGGAAGUGGUGUUUUUUUUUUUUAAACGGCUAUUAUUUAACAGAAGUAGAGCCGAAAAAUCACAGCCUGGCCGGUAAAGAGAUGCCUGGAGGAGAACUACGACCAGGACAAGAGAUAAGCAACCCUAACAGGAACCUGUCUGGCUUUACGACAGGCAGCAUUCAGGAUGUUCAGUUUGUUUGUUUCUUUUUCUUCUGAAGAUAAGGUGUCUUCUUGAUUUAAAGUAACUCACACAGAGCGCAGACACAUGCAUCCCUUUGGAGCAGGUCUGUUGUGUUUUCCUGAAUGCUGGGAAUCACAGCAAGAAGGGCAAAACCAAAGGAGCCAAAGCGGAUGAUCUUUGCGGGAUAAACCCUGAACGCAUUGUUUUUGAGGAUGGACCGGCCCCUGCUGGGUAGAGAGCCGUCAAGGCGCUGCUGGUCUUACAGCACCCUGACGUCCUGGCUGCCCAUUCUCUCCUGGUUACCCAAGUACAAGCUGAGGUACCUGCAGAUGGACCUGCUGGCGGGACUCACUGUAGGCCUGACCACUGUACCGCAGGCUCUCGCUUACGCUGAAGUAGCUGGACUUCCUGUGCAAUAUGGACUCUACUCUGCCUUCAUGGGGGGGUUCAUCUACACCUUCCUGGGGACGUCUAAGGACGUGACACUGGGUCCCACCGCCAUCAUGUCCCUCCUGUGUUUCUCUGUGGUGGGUGGACAGCCUGACCGAGCCGUCCUGCUCAGCCUCCUCUGCGGAGUCAUCCAGGCAGCGAUGGCGUUGCUCAGACUGGGCUUCCUGCUGGACUUCAUCUCCUACCCUGUGAUAAAAGGCUUCACCUGCGCUGCUGCAGUAACCAUCGGCUUUGGCCAGGUCAAAAAUAUUCUGGGAAUCCAGGAUGUUCCCCAUCAGUUCUUCCUGGAGGUUUACUACACCUUCCUGAAGAUCCCAGAGGCCAGAGUGGGCGACGUGGUCCUGGGCCUGCUUUGUCUCGCUCUGCUGAUCACACUGAUGAUCAUGAAGUCACGCCUGGGCUCUGACCACGGAUCAGUCUACUCCCGAUUCGCCAGGAAACUAGUGUGGGCCGUCGCGACCAUGCGUAAUGCCUUGGUGGUCGUGGCUGCGACCCUCGUGGCGUAUUCCUGGGAUGCUUGCGGACAUCCUGUGUUCACCGUCACUGGGCACACUGCUCAAGGCCUCCCGCCAUUCAGCCCGCCGCCCACCUCCGACACCACGUCCAACGGGACCGUCGUCUCUUUUACAGAGAUUAUAGAGGACUUUGGAGGAGGACUGGCCGUGAUUCCUCUCAUGGGUCUGCUGGAGAGCAUCGCCAUUGCCAAAGCCUUUGCCAGUCAGAACAACUACAGGAUUGAUGCCAACCAGGAGCUGCUGGCCAUAGGCGUAACCAACAUCAUGGGCUCCUUCGUGUCGGCGUACCCCGUCACUGGCAGCUUCGGACGGACAGCAGUGAACUCUCAGACCGGGGUUUGCACCCCAGCUGGUGGCAUCAUCACCAGUGUGAUUGUGCUGCUGUCGUUGGCCUUCCUCAUGCCCGCUUUCUACUACAUCCCUAAAGCUUCUCUAGCCGCUGUCAUCAUCUGCGCGGUGGCUCCUAUGGUUGAUUACCGUGUGGUGAUAAGCAUGUGGAGGAUACGUAGGCUGGACCUGCUUCCUUUCCUCGUCACGUUGCUGUUGAGUUUCUGGGAGGUGCAGUACGGCAUCAUCGGAGGUGUAGCCGUCUCUGGAGCCCUGCUGCUGUACACCACGGCCAGACCCAAGAUAAAGGUGUCUGAUCACGGUGUGUUGGUGAUGGAGCUGAGCAGUGGGCUCAGUUUCCCUGCAGUGGAGCAUCUCAGCCACAUCAUUCACACCCAGGCCCUGCAGACCUGUCCUCCGAGGUCUGUGGUGUUGGACUGCCACCAUGUGAGCAUCAUAGACUACACGGUGAUCAGCGAGCUGAGGGACCUGCUGAGGCAGUUCAAACUGAGAACAGUGAAGCUGAUAUUUUCAGGAUUGCAGCCCUCCGUUCUGAAGGUUCUUCUUGCGGCUGAUCUGGAGGGCUUCAGAUACACCGACAGCCUGGAUGAGGCGCUGCAGAUGGAGUCAGUGAGCCUUCUCAGCGACUAAAACCCGAACUGACGGAAGCAGCUGCUCUGGGAUUAUUAGCGUUUGCAGAAAACAUGCGUGCUGACAUUUGAAGAGACUUCUGUUGCUGAAGCAACACUGAAGAACUAUUAAAAUGUGUUUUCACCUGUAUUCUGUCACUAAAUGACCAUUCCACUUUGUUUGCCAGGAGGUUGUUUGUUAUAGUAUUUUAAACUUUGUAUAAAUAUGUAUAAUACAUUUUUUUCCCGUUUUCUACCAUCAACUAAAUUAGGUUUUUAGAAUAUAUAUAUGUAUAAAAAAAGAAAGGCUUCAAGAGAAACUAAUAAGGUGUUUUAAUAAUUGAUAAAAACAAAUAUCAUAGAAAGUUAUUGAUUUUAUUUAUGUGGAUAAAGACUUUCUGUCAAAGUGGAAAAAUAUAAAAAAAAGUCUUUGAUUGUGAUUGCCAUAUUUACACAGGAGCUUUUAUCAAUUAAAACACUUUAUUCUCAA